AAUGGCACUAAGAAGUUCUGGGAUUUUAUGAGGACACAUGACAGUGUGUCAAUCCUGAUCUUUAAUACUUCUCGGCAGUGCUUUGUUGUGGUGAAGCAGUUCCGCCCAGCUGUUUACAUGUGUGAAGUAGAAAGGCACCAUCCUCAAGUCUUUCAGCAUCAGGACAAGGAGAGCUUCUCUCGUGUAGAGGAUCCCUUACCUGCUGUGGUAGGAGUGACCUACGAACUCUGUGCUGGCAUUGUAGACAAACCAGACCUUUCUUUAGAAGAAAUUGCAUGUGGGGAAGUCUUAGAAGAGUGUGGCUAUCGUGUUCCCAUUAAAGACCUAAGAAGGAUCACUUCUUACAGGUCUGGAGUUGGUGUGACAGGUUCUAGGCAGACAUUAUUUUAUGCAGAAGUAACAGACCAGAUGAGAACUGGUGAAGGAGGUGGCCAGCCUGAAGAAGGAGAGCUGAUUGAAGUUGUAGAAGUACCUUUAGAAGACUCCAUGAAGUUUGCUUACGAUGAGACUCUCCCAAAGACGAUGGGUGUCAUCUUCAGCUUCAUGUGGUUCCAAAACAACAUAGCACCCAAGCUAUCAAAAAAGUAA